CAGAGCAAUGUGGAAGCUGACGCGGCGAUUGCAGCCGCAUAUCAAUUCGACCCGAUGGUUAAUCCGACAUUUCCGGAGCGGAGGGUCUGGAGACGCCACUGGUCUCUACGGCUUCGAUCAUCUUAAAACGGCUAAAGGGUUUCAGCGCUUCGUCGCUGAUGCCAUUGAAAGGUCUGGUGAGUUGGUGAGCUACAUAUCAGGAAUGCCUUCGUCUCCAGAGAUUAUUAAAGCCAUGGAUGAGAUUUCAGACACGGUUUGUUGUGUUGUUGACUCUGCUGAACUCUGUCGACAAACCCAUCCUGACAGAGAAUUUGUUGAGGAAGCGAAUAAAGCAGCAAUUGAGAUGAAUGAUUAUCUACAUCAUCUUAACACAAACCAUACUUUGUAUGCUGCGGUGAAAAAAGCAGAGCAAGAUUCUAACUUGCUUACCAAAGAAGCAAGUAGGACUGCACAUCACCUCCGAAUGGACUUUGAACGGGGUGGCAUUCAUCUAGACCCUGAAAAGCUAGAUAAAGUGAAUAGCUUAACAACCAAUAUUUUUCAAUCAUGCAGGGAGUUCAGCGAAAACAUUGCUGAUGAUCCAGGACAUGUUGAUAUAUUUCCAGCAUCACGCAUCCCUCGACAUGUGCAUCAUCUUGUCAACCCUAUCUACCGAUCCACUGAAAGGGGUCCAAGAGGGUCUACAAGAGCAAUGUUUAAGUCGAAACAGAAGGGAUUUCGAAUAAAUACUGAUCAACGAACCCUUUCUUCUAUUUUGCAAUGGACAUCAGACGAAGAGGUGAGAAAAAUGGUAUAUAUUAAAGGGAACUCUGUUCCUCAUUCGAAUCACGGAGUUCUUGAGAAGCUUAUCGCUGCACGCCAUGAGCUUGCCCAGAUAAUGGGUUGUAAUUCUUACGCUGACUUUAUGGUCGAGCCAAACUUAGCCAAAUCGCCAAAGGUUGUGACAUCCUUCCUACAAGAAUUGAGCAAGACAGUCAGAUCAAAGGCAGACGAAGAAUACAUAGCCAUUAGAAACUUUAAAAGAGAGAAAUGUGGUAACAAAUCUGCAGAAUUAGAACCAUGGGAUGAGACUUACUAUACUUCAAUGAUGAAAUCCUCCGUCAAUGAUGUUGACACCAGUGUUGUAGCAUCAUAUUUUCCUCUGCCUCAAUGUAUUGAAGGCCUAAAAGUACUGGUUGAAUCAUUAUUUGGUGCAACAUUUCAUACCAUUCCUCUGGCCCCAGGUGAAUCCUGGCACCCAGAUGUGCUUAAAUUGUCUCUUCAUCACCCAAACGAGGGUGAUCUCGGGUAUUUUUACCUUGACUUGUACUCGAGAAAAGACAAAUACCCUGGGUGUGCUAGCUUUGCAAUCAGAGGAGGACGCAAGAUAUCUGAGACAGAAUACCAACUUCCUAUUUUGGCUCUUGUUUGCAAUUUUUCACGAGCUCGUGAUUCAUUAGUCGUGAAGCUUAAUCACUCUGAAGUUGAAGUUUUGUUUCACGAAUUCGGCCAUGCUCUUCACUCUCUGCUCUCACGAACGGAUUAUCAACAUUUUUCUGGUACCAGGGUGGCUCUUGACUUAGCAGAAAUGCCUUCAAAUCUAUUUGAGUACUACGCAUGGGACUAUCGCCUCCUGAAGAGAUUUGGCCGGCAUUACUCUACCGGUGAGACAAUACCCGAGAAGUUAGUCAACUCAUUACAAGGUGCGAGGAACAUGUUUGUAGCAACUGAACUGCAACGUCAGGUGUUCUAUGCGCUGAUUGACCAAAUGCUGUUUGGGGAACAACCAGAGACAGCAAGAGAUGUGAGUCAUCUCGUGGCUGAACUGAAACAGCAACACACGAGCUGGAGCCAUGUCGAAGGAACACAUUGGCAUAUUCGUUUCAGUCACCUACUUAACUACGGAGCAGGGUACUAUAGCUACUUAUACGCCAAAUGCUUUGCGUCAACAAUAUGGCAAUCAAUAUGUGAAGAGGAUCCUCUCUCGUUGAGCACAGGAACAUUGCUGAGAGAGAAAUUCUUCAAACAUGGAGGAGCCAAAGAUCCAGCUGAGCUACUUACGGAUCUAGCAGGCAAAGAGAUCAUUAGUGUUCAUGGUGAAGGCAUUGUCCCUGCAACCACAGGUCUUUUAAAAGAGCUGAGAUUAUAAAUGAACAAAUACUUUGGUUGUAGCAAAACAGAGAAUCG